CGCCCAACUGACUGUGAAUCUUCCUUCAGUGCUGGCACCGGUGAGCACGGCGCAGAUCAACUGAGCACUGUCGUUUAUAAGCAGAGCAUAGCCAGUCCAACUGUUCAGUUCUGUUUUCAACAGAUAUAAUGUCGACAGCAACAUUUGGGACCGCGGAUUACGCUGUCUUCGGGUUGAUGCUUACUGCUUCAGUCAGUAUCGGGAUAUAUUAUGCCAUAAUGGCCAGAAAGCGAGGCAGUACAUCUGAAUACUUCAUCGCUGGUCAGUCCAUGUCUUCUAUCCCCGUGGCCUUGUCUCUGCUUGCGACAUAUGAAUCCUCUGUGAUGAUGCUGGGGACACCUGCCGAGUCCUACGCCCAUGGAAUACAGUGGAUACUCAGUGAAUUGGGAAGCGAAACCGGGAUGUUGAUCAACAUAUUUUUGAUUUUAGUGUUUUUAAGGAGACUCAACUUGUCGACUCCCUUUGAGUAUUAUGAAAGGCGCUUCAAGUCCCGCCGACUUAGAGUACUUGCCAAUCUUAUUUCCUGCCUGAGUUUUCUCCAGUACAUCAGUAUUGUGCUUUAUGGUCAGGCCAUCGCUCUACGAGCAAUGACUGGGUUUUCUACGUAUGGAUCUAUUGUGGCAACAGCCGCAGUGGCUGUCAUCUAUACAACCAUAGGCGGUUUAAAGGCCGUUAUCUGGACGGAUGUGUUACAAUUCAUCAUCAUGAUCACCGGACUGCUGGCGGUAUCAAUAAAGGGAACUGUUGAUGGUGGAGGGGUGUCAGAGGUCUGGCUUCGAGCUGCGGAAACAGGCAGACUGGACUUCAGCAUGGAUCCUGAUCCAACAGUGCGACACACAAUAUGGAACCUGUAUUUUGGUCGAAUCCUAACAGGCUUUGGGUUUCUGUUUAGUCCUUCUGUAUUGCAAAGGAUUUCCUCGACAAAAUCUCUCAAAGAAUGUAGGAGAGCGCUUCUGCUUACGAUUCCUGGAUUUACGAUCGUGAUUGGCAUGGCCUUAGCUGAAGGAAUUGUUGCAUAUGGCUACUUCUAUCACAAACGAUGCGACCCUCUGGCGUCCAAACAAGUGGGAAGUCCAAAUCAGAUAAUCCCCUUCCUGAUCCUAGAACUGUUCCGGAAUCAGCCAGGAUUGUCAGGACUGUUCUUGGCCGCAUUGGCCAGUGCUUCUCUUAGCACCAUCUCUUCUUGUCUCUCAGCCGUGGCCAGUAUUAUUUGGUAUGACCUGAUCAAACCAUGGAGACCGAACACGUCAGAGUACAAAGGAGUCAUUGUUGCAAAAAUAACAGUGGUGUUUAUUGGUAUUUUGGGCUGCCUUGCUGCGGUCCUUGUGUCACUGGCUGGAGCAAAAACUCUUAACCAGAUAGUAUAUACCUUCAAGGCUGCCACUGACCCUCCGCUUGUGGCAAUGUUCUUCUUAGGAGCUUUUUUCUCCUUUGUCAAUACAAAGGGAGCCAUCACUGGACUUGUGACUGGUGUUGGGUUUAUGCUGUGGCUGUGUGUUGGUUCCAUGUUCUCAGACAGUGGGGCACCGUCUACCUACCUGCCUUUGGCACCGAUUGACCAAUGUCCAGGGUUCAAUAUGUCCUCAAACUCUUUCAACAACACAACAGAACUCACUAAGGUUGUAUCCCGGACAGGCAGUAGCAGCCAGAACAACACAAGGUCUGCCUUAGAAACAGUGUACAAUCUCUCCUAUACACUGUUCUAUUCUUUUGGCCUGAUACUCGUCCUUCUUGUUGGGAUUUGCGCAAGCUGGAUAACAGGUGGAAACAAGACCCCUGUCGACCCCGAAUGUUUGAUCCACCUGGACGAUAUACACUGCUUGCCGGCCAGACUCCGACGCUAUUUGGCGGGAAGGGGCACAGACAGGCAGAGCUUCACGUUGACACCAUCAGCAAAUGCUGGGCUUCGGGAACAACACGAUGAGGGGCUGCCACCAUCAGAGACGGAAACGAUACAAUUUCUUGAUGGCAAAUAGGACAUCA